AUGCAAAUAUCGAUCACAAAAACAAAAUCAAUAGUCACAAGCAAAGGACCAAAACGAUGCAAGCUUCUCUUUGCAGACCAACCUAUAGAACAAGUUAUGUCGUUCAGUUAUCUUGACGUGGAGAUAUCCUCGAACCCAGAUAGAACACACGAGAUUUGUAAACAGGCAGAUAAAGCAUGCAGGGUUGCCGGUGCACUUCGCGACGUCAUAUUCAACAAUAAACAUAUGAGUAAACAUUCGAAAGCCAGGAUCUACAAAACUUGUGUUCGACCCAUUAUGACGUACGGCAUAGAAACUCGAGCGCAUAACAAGAAAACAAAGUCCAUCCUAAGAACGACUGAAAUGAAGAUACUGAGAACCAUAUCUGAUGGGUACACGCUGAGAGAUAGGAAGAGGAACACAGCCAUCCGAGAGGAAUGCCAGACUCGGGACAUAUUUAAAUGGGGAAGAAACGACCACGUCAGCAGAAUGGACGCAGGCAGAAUUGCUAGGAUAGCCCGAGACGGAAUCCCAGGUACCAGAAGACCAAUCGGCAGACCCCCUAAGCGCUAG